UGGUGGAUUUCUGCUGAUUUAUUGCAGUGUUACUUCACAUGAGACUGUUUCAUUGUGAAUGAUUUAAUGCCUUUGCAUAAAAAAGCCAUGAUUCUCACAUAGAACUAACCCACAUUUAAAGGUUUAAUCUUUUCUCUUAUAAGCACAUUUACGAUCAAAUGACAAAUGACAUUUCACAAGCAUUGGGUUGUAAAGGAUGUCAUUUUAGUGUUUGGCUUGUCUGUCUGGGGUUUGUGUGAAUGCUCAAAGUGACUAAGUUCAGUUAAAAGAUGGCCACUUGAAAGCUGAAUGAGGUCAGAGCGAAGCGCAGCUCUGAAGACAGGCUCUCAAAGUGAGCUUCUGACACUUCUAUUACUAACACAACACAUGAAGUCAUCUGUGUUUACAGCACACAUCAGAGCUCUCCAUCAGCUCAACCCUACAAAUCAGUCCGACUGCAAGAACUGCAGUGUUUUGAUGUUGUUUCUGUGGCCUUUGUUUAUUGAAUAUCUCUGAUGUGAUCCAGUUUAUGAGUUGUGAAAAAAAAUCGUAUAGUGUGGAUUUGAAGUCAUAAAUUAAAAUAAUAUGAAAACCAAGCCAAAAUAUAACUUCUAAGUUGUUUGUGGUGAAUGUUAUAAAAUAUACAUUUGUCAUAAAUCACAAAAAAAAAAAACCUGUUUACGAUUCAGAAUAUAAAUCUUUAAUUUUUUUAUGCACUUUUCAGUUGUCAGUGCUAAUUCCCAGAUACAACAAUGGAAAAUCUGUUCAUGUUUUUAAAGUGGGCCUGGGUGAUUAUGUGGCUGAUAUAUAAAGGGACACAUUAAGAUUUAUUAAUAAAUUAUAUGUUAUUGAACCAUUAAAACCAUAUGUACAUAAAACACAGCAGGCUUUGAAGUAGUCAAGCACUUAAAUUAUUAAUCGAAGAGCUCACAAGCCUUUCCUCAAAUCAUCUGACCCUUUAAAGAAGUGAGGCGAGUUUUUAAACAGCCUUUUCCAUUUUGAAAAUGAGGGGGAUCUAUGCAAUGAGGGGAUUAAUUUUGCAGUCUGUGAUUCUGAAUUCUUACUCGGAUAGACAUGUCUGCACCGCUGUAUAACUUUCAUCCUUUGCUGGUCUGUCAGGAAUGAAUGAAUUUCGCACAUGCUCACGCAAUCACAAAAAAAUCUGGCUUAAAUUUAAUUCUUUUGGGUAGAGAGUAGAGACCCAGAAUAUUAAUAGCAGGCUCUCCUUUUAAAGAGCAGUGUACUUAAAAAUGUGGUAAAGUAUGUUAUGACUGCAUGCAUAUGUAAACAAUUCAUACGACCUCACUCAUACGAAUUCAUACGAUUUGUCUAAACCCCAGUGACGGGUAGGUUUAGGGGCAGGGUUAGGGGUAGGUCAUUCGUAUGAAUUCAUACGAAUUUGGCAACUCGUAAAAUACGUACGAUUUCACAAAAAAAUUACAAAUUUGGACGACCUCACUCAUACAAAUUCAUACGAUUUGUCUAAAUCCCAGUGACGGGUGGGUUUAGGGGCGGGGUUAGGGGUAGGUCGUUCAUACGAAUUCAUACAAAUUUGGCAACUCGUAAAAUACUUACGAUUUCGCAAAAAAUGUACAAAUUUGUACGACCUCAUUCAUACGAAUUCAUAUGAUUUGUCUAAACCCCAGUGACGGGUAGGUUUAGGGGCGGGGUUAGGGGUAGGUCAUUCAUAUGAAUUCAUACAAAUUUGGCGACUCGUAAAAUACUUACGAUUUCGCAAAAAAUUUACAAAUUUGUACGACCUCACUCGUACGAAUUCAUACGAUUUGUCUAAACCCCUGUGACAGGUAGGUUUAGGGGCGGGGUUAGGGGUAGGUCAUUCAUACGAAUUCAUACGAAUUUGGCAACUCGUAAAAUACGUACGAUUUCACAAAAAAAUUUACAAAUUUGUACGACCUCACUCGUACGAAUUCAUACGAUUUGUCUAAACCCCUGUGACAGGUAGGUUUAGGGGCGGGGUUAGGGGUAGGUCAUUCAUACGAAUUCAUACGAAUUUGGCAACUCGUAAAAUACGUAUGAUUUCGUAAAAAAUGUACAAAUUUGUACGACCUCACUCAUACGAAUUCAUAUGAUUUGUCUAAACCCCAGUGACAGGUAGGUUUAGGGGCGGGGUUAGGGGUAGGUCAUUCAUACGAAUUCAUACGAAUUUGGCAACUCGUAAAAUACGUACGAUUUCGCAAAAAAAUUUACAAAUUUGUACAACCUCACUCGUACGAAUUCAUACGUUUUUUGCAAAUCGUACAUAUUUUACGAAUUAGCCACCUCAUAAAAUACGUACGUAUUGCCGUUAGAUUGGACUGGAAGAACAGAGACUUAAGAAGAUUAAGAUACAGGUCCUCCUGAAUCUGUAGCCAACAUAGCCUUCAGGGCCCAAAUCCACCAGCAGCUCCUACUCUUCAAACCACACACAUACUGCAAUAUAAAAAUAAGCUCUACGAAUUCAAGCUGAUACUUGCUUUUUUUUUUUCCCCCAAUGCACGUUUUGAAGUGCACAAAGAUUCACUUUGACUUUGCGGUUGACAACUGUAGGAGGAUCAGUGAGGAAAAAGGCGUUUUGUUGAAGAGGAUGAGGUGGUUGUGGGCGACCUUCGUGUCCACCUCGUCUUAGAAGUAGGCCUCUCCUGUUGUACCACAUUCUCGGCAUGUAAAACGUCACCAAAAACAUAAGCUUUGACUGUUAGAAAAAAAAUAACUAAUAAGAUUUCCAUUCAUUUAAACUUAUCAAAAUUCCCACUAGAGCCCGGGGAGCUUUCUUUCUCGCAACCCUCUUUUCUUUCAUCCAUGGUUAAAUAUGUAAAUAAAAUGUCUAAAGUCAUUCUUCAAAGGGGAACAAAAGAAAAAAGGGGGGCUAAGAGAGGGGGGAGGCAGCCCUAAAAUGCCUUCCUUUCUCCAUAACAUUAGCCAGAGGGGGGCCAGCUUCUAGGCAGAGAGGAACAGCAGGGGAGCGCACAGGCUCCAUAGAAUCACACAUCUCCCCAAUCCCUCACACACAAAAAACAUGAAAUAUCUUUUCAGUCUGAGCCAUCAAAGGGCCUCCCUUCUCUUUAUUAGUUACAGAAUUAUCUCACACUUUCUGAUUUCAACCAAGAUGGAACCCAGCGAGCUGCUGCUGCUGUGCUUUGGAAGAGAUAAAGUUCAUGUGUGUGUGUGUGUGUGUGUGUGUGUGUGUGUGUGUGUGUGUGUGUGUGAGUGGGUGUGUGUGUGGGUAUAAAGGAUAACUGUAAAACGGACUAGUAUGAAACGGUGAGGGUGGUGGAUGCUAGACGCAGAAAUAAACAAACACAAAACAUGAAAGGGAAAGUAGGAGCUGCCAAAGCUACUGAUGAUAAAGAUUGAAUGGUCAUGAUUCUCCGCUCUGUUCUUUUCUCGCUCUUCAAAGUGAUAUCCUCACUGCCUGCAAAACAAUCACAGAACAGAAACGUGUAAAAUAAAGUGGGAACAAAUCAGCUGAGACUGAAUGCGCAUCCCAUUUAAAUGCCAUCUCAGUACUAUAUGUAUGUUUUAGAAGCGUCGAUCAGUGAGCUAAUGAGGCUGUCUGUGUGCUUCAUACAGCGCUGUGAUAUGUUACACAUACUGAAAGGCUUCGUUAUUAGCAAAAGCAAUGAAAAGGUGUUUACAUAUCAAAGCAAGGAAAAAUGAUAUGUAUGUACAUGUGAUCAUCCUUAUUAAUAACUCUGGAGUUAAAUGGCAGGUCAAACAGGCAUUUUAUGAAUGAAACAGUCCUUUUAUUAAACCAGCCUAAGCUGGUUUACUGGUGUUAGUUGGUCUUCCAGUAUUUUCAGACUUGUUGGGCUAGUUUUAGAGGGGUUUUGGGCUGAGAGACCUGAAUAAAUCAGUCAACCUGCUCAGGCUUUUUUUUUUUCCAGCAGGGUUAUAGGCUGAAUUUGUACUUUGAGUUGGACUAAAUGUUGAAAAAAACAGCAUAUGCUGGUUAGGUAUGUUUUGAAGCAAGGCAUCUGGUUUGAGAUGGUUUAAGCUGGUCAAGUGCUGGUCCUAAACUGGUCCUAAGCAACUAGCUCCAGCUCAGGACCAGCUUAUAACCAGCUCAGGACCAACUAAGGAACAGCAUAAACCAGCUCAAACCAGCUGUCAUGCUUCAAAACAUACCUAACCAUAGUAACCAGCAUAUGUUUGGGUUUACAUGCGCAAUCUUACACAGAUUAAAAUUAAUAGUCCAACAAAUGUACAAGGUCAACUGUUUUAUUUUAAAUUUGGUAGACACUUUGAAGCAAGGCAACAUAUAUUGCAAUUUAUGGUAUACAUUUUAUUAGUUCAUGCAUUCCCUGAGAAUCAAACCCAUGACCUUAGUUUAUGUGGUGCGAUGCUCUGCUGUCUAAGCUGAAUAAUACCAAGUAAAUGUCAUAAACUGUUUAAACAAAACUUGUUUGACAGACUGUCUUUUUAGAUUGUUUACAUCCAAACUGAACAAAUACUAAAAGCAAAAUCACAUAUUAAAGUGUUUUUCUUGAGUUGUCAGGUGUGUAAAUGAGCUAAUUUAACAAAAGAGACUUGAGGAAAAAGAUGAGCAAUUUAUAUAACAGUUACACAACACCAAAUUUCAAGAGUCAAUUGAACCACUUUGAUUCAAAAUACUGACCAAGAUAACCAAUUUUAAUGCUAAGUAGUGCUCAGUAUAGCUUAAAGUUUAUUAUAUUGAGUUUUUUAAGGUCUCUGAGGCAUAUCAGUAGUGACUGAGUCUUGUAAAUUGUCUUACACUAUCGACGUCUUAGCUGUUGAAAAGCGCUUUACAAGCUGUCAUAAAAAAGCUCUUAGAGUGUUCUGACAAAGAUCUCCAGAAAACCACUGUAGUCAGGUGUUACAUGGAUAAAUCACAUUUUUACUGGGUAACAUGAGAGAGUACACAGCUAUCUGGUAUCUCUUGCUCCAUGAGGCCCUCUCACAGAUGCCACAUGAGGCUUACCAACAACAGCAACUCAUCCAAAGAUUUUUCACCAUCUUUUUGAGUUGACAUAGAUGUAACAUGGAGCACACUUCUUCUUCGUUAACACUGUUAAGUGUUUUAUUUUACUGAAAAACAGCUGACAGAGCGUUAACCUUCAUCCUGCUUACAUAAUGGCAAUUGAACUCUGACAUGUCACCUCAACAAUACCAAUACUUUCACACAUGCAGCGUGCUAUGUGAGUUGGCAUGCAUAGAUGCCCCGAAGGAGUGUGCCAUGGUUACAGCCCUGAAAGCUAGGCUAAUACUAGGCCCAGCUUGCCAGCCCUUAGCACCAGUAUGAGUCAAAGAUGAAUUCACUAAAACAAGACUGAAAAGUCCUUUGUCUAAGAAUUCAUCCUUAAGGCAUUUUUAUCUUACGCAUGCAAGUAUUUAUGAUUGAGAGCAGAGGGUGAAGAAUGGAAACUGCCAUAGCAUAUGUUAAGAAUGUCUUUUGUGUAAUUACACACCCACUUCUGCAUACAAGGCCACUUGUUCAAUGUUUGUAUGUUGAGUAGAGAAUUUUACAUAUUCAUUUAAAGCUUUGAAAAGGGCAGAGGAUUUAUAAAAGCACUCACUAUUGUGUAUGUGAUUUUUGGCAGAACACAGUCUUUACAUGAGCAUUGUAGUGAAUUGUUCAUUUGUGACAUGUCAAAAUGACACUUAAAUAAUACAUUAUUAAAAAUCAUGUUUAAGUUAGAAGAAAGAGGCUGUGGAGUGUCCAGGACAUGAAAACAUGUUGGUAGUCCUACAUUUUUGAUUUAUGAAUAAAAUGAGGUCUGUGGUUAAUGUUCCUCUUAAGAGACUUUCAUAUUUUGUUCUUACAUAGUUAUACCUCAAAAAUUGUGUUAAAAACAAAAAACAAAACAAAACAAAAACAGCUGGUUUCGAAAUUCACAUAAUGUGUAACUUAUGUUGUUAAACAAAGUGUCAAAGUCUCUAAUAUUUAUCACAGACUUUAUUUUACUCAUUAAUUGAAAUAAUUCCAGAGUGAACGUCAAAACUAACGUAUCUUUAUACAGAUGUAAAGGUCAGCAUUAUCUUUUAAGUUUGCCUUGGUGAAGAUUAGCAAAAGUUUUUGAUCAUUAAUGACUUCUUUAUUUUAUUAAUAAUGUUCUAAAAGCCACAUGGUUUCAUUUUUGUCAUUCGGAUUGUGUGGGGUGAGAGACGAAUAUUCUUCAGCCAUCAGUUCUAGUUCAGGCAACAAUAAAAAGCGAGGGGAAUUUCAAGGAAUAAAAACUCUCCCUUCUCUUCACUCUCUUCCCACAAUGGUCGGAGCGUGAAAAUCGUCAUUUGUAGAGAGAAAGGGGACACAUCUCGACUGGAAAGCCACAGAAUCCUUUUGGUCGCCCUCUGCGAGAGAUUUAUCGCUGACUUGCGCCGAAAAGUGUUUCGUAAAUCAUCAGAGGGAUUUCGUCUGAGGGAGAAAACAACAACAACAACAAAUGGCCAGUGAGUAAUUUACUGUGAUCCUGUGGUAAAGUGGUGACGAGGAUUUGAGGUCUACACAGCCAGUUCCGCACGGUUUAAGGAUAAUCAGUGUGUCAGUUUGGGCUUUCUUAUGUAAAACAGCUGUCUUUGAAGGCGGAUCUUUUGGCAGGUUAGUUCAGGACGGUGGCGGAGGAGCUCAGACACAGACAGAGUGCGAGGCAGCGAACAACUCUUGACGGAUAAACGGAGUGUCUGGAGACGAGCUGAAGUGAAUAUUCAAACGUUUACCAAGCGGAUUCGUUCAUUCAUUUUCCAAUGACUGCGAUAAAAUGACGCCGUGCUUUCAGUUUGGUCAGUUUGGAUACACUUUGCGGAGGAUGAAUGAGGAAAGUAGCGCGAGAGCGAGUUGAAAAGUAAGUGUACUUUCGUGAGGGAAACAGACCGUCAACAUUAUCUCACAGGAGAGGACCAUAAGAGCUUUAGAAGAAGGAAUUAUCAUCUGUGAACUGAGGAAUUGAAGAAAGAAAAAAAAAAAAAAAAACUGCAUGAAACCUCUCAGUAUGGUGAAAGCUUUCUAAUAUUUCUCAUCUCUCUAAAGAUUUUUUUGAACUGAACUGGUUGUUUGGAAUCUGAGUUACUGACUCAGUUUGAUUGAUUCGCAAAGGAAUCAUUCUCAUUUUUGGAAUACAAUAACUUUUUUUCAGCUACAAUUACGAAGAGUGACAAUGAAGCAACUUUUCUAGUAAAAAAUAUAAAGCUUUUUUUGAAAGAAUAAUCCCCACUACAUGAGUUCAUAUUGAAAGACAAUGUUUGCUGCAAAUGUUGGACUUAGCUUUGUGCUGCUGUGCGUGGCUGGAUUUUGUUCCGCUAUCAGUUCCAUCGAUCCGGACCGGCCGGGCGAAGGAAGAUGCCAGGAGAUCGCUAUUCCACUCUGUAAGGACAUUGGCUACAACUUGACAGUUAUGCCAAACUUAAUGGGACAUGAAGAUCAAAGUGAGGCAGCCAUAAAGCUGCACGAGUUCGCUCCGCUGAUUGAGUUCGGCUGCCACAGCCAUCUGAAGUUUUUCUUGUGCUCGCUCUAUGCUCCCAUGUGCACGGAGCAGGUAUCCACACCCAUCCCAGCAUGCCGAGUAAUGUGCGAGCAGGCAAGGCAGAAGUGUUCUCCCAUCAUGGAGCAGUUUAACUUCCACUGGCCUGAGUCACUGGACUGUUCCAGACUGCCAAAUAAAAAUGACCCCAAUUAUCUCUGUAUGGAGGCACCUAACAACGGUACCGACGAGCCCCCAAAGGGAUCCCACACUCAGCCACCAGACUCCCGACCCCCUCGGCCAGGGAACAGCCAAGAACUGCCUAUUAAGGAGAGGGUCGGUAAGACAACAUGUAGCAACCCUGGAAAGUUUCAUUACGUACAGAAGAGUGAGUCCUGUGCCCCCAAGUGUUACUCCAACGUCGACGUGUACUGGAGCCAGGGUGACAAGCGCUUCUCCAUGGUGUGGAUUGCCAUCUGGUCCAUCCUGUGCUUCAUCUCCAGUGCCUUUACCGUCCUCACCUUCCUCAUCGAUCCACAGCGCUUCAAGUACCCUGAGCGGCCCAUCAUCUUCCUGUCAAUGUCUUACUGCGUAUACUCAGUGGGCUUUCUUAUAAGACUUUUUGUGGGGGUGGAAAACGUGGCCUGUGACCGUGACAGCGGCGUUCAGUACAUCAUCCAGGAAGGCUUGGAAAGCACUGGCUGCACUAUAGUCUUCCUCAUUCUUUACUACUUCGGAAUGGCCAGUUCCCUGUGGUGGGUCAUUCUUACUCUCACUUGGUUCCUCGCAGCUGGGAAAAAAUGGGGUCAUGAGGCUAUUGAAGCCAACAGCAGCUACUUCCAUCUGGCAGCAUGGGCCAUACCGGCUAUUAAGACCAUCAUGAUCCUGGUUAUGAGGAAGGUGGCGGGAGAUGAGCUCACAGGGGUCUGCUACGUGGGCAGCAUGGAUGUCAAAGCCUUGACGGGUUUUGUUCUUAUUCCCCUCUCUUGCUACCUCAUCAUUGGCACUUCCUUUCUGCUCUCAGGGUUUGUGGCACUCUUUCACAUCCGUAAGGUCAUGAAAACUGAAGGAGAGAAUACGGAUAAGCUGGAGAAGCUGAUGGUUAGGAUUGGCGUCUUCUCCGUGCUCUACACGGUCCCCGCCACUUGCGUCAUCGCCUGCUAUUUUUACGAGCGUCUCAACAUGGAUUAUUGGAAGAUUCUAGCAGGAGAGCAAAAGUGCUCUGAGGACAGUAAGAGCGGUGAGGAGUGCGUGAUGAAGAGCUCCAUCCCAGCCGUGGAGAUCUUUAUGGUUAAGAUUUUCAUGUUGCUGGUGGUGGGCAUCACCAGCGGCAUGUGGAUCUGGACCUCCAAAACGCUGCAGUCUUGGCAGAACGUUUUCAGCCGCAAACUUAAGAAGAAGACGAGGAGGAAGGCUGCAUGUGUUUUCACAGGAAGUGGACCUUACCUCAAGCCUCAUCCUGCACUGAAAGGACAUAAAACCAAGUACGAACCAGCAGGUCCUCCUGCAACUUGUGUAUGAGCUGGGCCUCUAUACACACACGAAUGGCCAAGAAAUAAUUGCUGGACUUAAACAAACUGCUUUAUAAAGAGACAAGCUAGCAAAGAACACAACAAUGCUCAUAUUUAUUUUAUGCAAACUUCAGAUGCAACAUCCCCAACAGGUUUUUUUAGUUCUUAGUGCUUGGACUACAUCUGAAACUUUGCGGACUUUGGGGACCGUUUUGUGAAACAAAGAAAAAGGGAGCAAGUCCCUAUUGCUGUCAUUGGGUUGCCUGUAUCUUGUCAUGUGCAAUAGUUGUUUCCCUUAGUGACAGAGAAAGGGACUCUGAUACUGUAGGGCUGUGAUUAAAGACAAUGAAAGGACUCGACAAACAAUAGGUGUGAAUGGCUCUGGGAAAAGCGGCUCCUCCAUGGCAUAGUCGUGUGGCUUUUCUAUGGAAAUGAAGGCCGUGUCAUACACAACUGCAUUGACAUUGGAGUGCAGCUGCUCAAAAAGGCCUCGGCAGAGAAUGAACUGCCUAUUUUUAGGCCUUUUCAUGGAACAGAGUAAAUCUUUAAGCACUAAAUAUCGCCAACACAAAGAGAAAAACUUGUUAUUUGAGUUGUUUUGUACAGUGAGUUCAUGCCCUCUGGUUUGUUUUGUUAUACCAAGCUCUUUUUAAUGUCCUACAUACAUUUGUGUAUAUUUCUAAAGGUUCAUAUUUUAUAAGAAUAAAUAAAACAUUUUAGUUUUAAA